AUGAAACAUUUUAGUGGCCACAAGAAUGUUGUCCAAUUUAUCUACUGGACUCUGACUUACUUCCGAAUCAAACCAAAUCAUAAAGGAUUGGUUCAUGAUAUAGUUCAAUGUGGUGGUCUUGUCUCAUGCCUGUUUCCGCACUGGGGCGUGCUCAAAGAGUUACACUUGAUUCUUGACGAAUAUUGGGAAGCACACCCAGAAUUUGAAUCC